AUGACCGAAUGGCCAUUGCGGGAUCUCUGCACCUCGAAGAUGGGUUGUGUCAUCGAAUCGUUGCGACCCACCAAUUCCCAACUAACAAUCUCCAGAGAGCUUCGUUCUUGGCAAUUUGAAGCAAAUCUUAAGAAGAUGACACUGUCCCACUUUGUGUCAAAAAGUAAGCAUUGUAGAGAGAGAUCAACAGUUACUUCAUCAGGGAUCAAAAUGACGAAGAUGUCAAAGAAGUCCAUUGUGCACAAUACCAGUCAUGUUACCAAAAACCACAACGCAAGCACUGUAUCAAGUACAGUCGACGAAUCUAUUGGCAUUGGCGGCAAGGCGCCCGCUAAGGUCCAUAUCCAAGCAAACUCCUUGACCUCUCAUGAGAAGUCGUCCAAUGCCGAAGUUACGGAAGAGGACAAUUGCUUUUCAGAUUUACAUUCUCAUCCGAAUUUCCAAAUUCCUACUUGCGAUUUCUGUACUAGAGAAUCGGGUAUUUGUGGGUACUGUUCGGGAGGUGGCCAUGACUACGACACCUGGUCCGAUAAUACCGGUGGACAUGGAUACACAACCGAUAUGAAUAAGCCUGGGGACAAGAUCCAAUUGCAGCUCUGGUCGUACGAGACUUCUCAAAUAACCGUCGCUGAAAGAUUAGAACAGAGAAAGUGGUGUGGUCCAGGUCAGAAACUUUGA